UCAUUUUUCUGUAGCGUUACAACAAUUUCCAAUUCUUAAUGCUUGUCUUGUGGAUGUCGAUAGUCCAGACACCGCCAAAUUAAAGUACCGUAGUAUUCACAAUAUUGGUGUUGCAAUGGACACACCUGGAGGACUUGUAGUUCCAAAUGUGAAAAAUGUGCAAACGAAAUCGAUUUUUGAAAUCGCAGCUGAUUUACACCGUUUACAAGAAGAUGUCGCUAAACAUAUAAUGCCAGUAAGCUUUUGCGCGGAUCAUCGCGUAAUUGAUGGUGCUACUGUUUCGAGAUUUUCUGAGACUUGGAAAAAUUUAAUAGAAAACCCUGCUUUAAUGUCGGUAAAAUUGCGGUCAACUUUUAUAAAUGCAUACUCAUUACUGGCACGUCAAAGACUACGAACAUCAAUAGUUGUGGAAAAUAGGCUUGUCCUUAAUUCAUUUUCAGCCACACGAAAACCAAACAUAUUACAAACUUUACACUUUUCCAGCAAAAGUCCAUUUAGUUUACCAAAAGAAUUACGACUUCUUCGAAAUGCACAAGUUUCAAAAAAGCCGAUAACGGAAAUUCCAGAAAAAGGGUCAAAUAUACGAGAAGCAGUACAAGUUGCAAAAGAGGAUACUAACGUUAUUGACAAAUCCUCUGAUGCAAUUGUUAAAAAAAAACCAUUGUUUACACGGGUUAAAGACGAAUUGGUGCAUUAUUGGCAUGGAACAAAACUUUUAGGUUUAGAAAUUAAGAUCUCUACCAAGUUGAUGUACAAACUUUUAAAAGGUCAAAAAUUAACUCGACGAGAAUACCGACAACUCAAAAGAACUACUCAAGAUCUCGUUCGUUUAGUUCCAUUCUUAGUUUUUGUCAUUGUUCCAUUCAUGGAAUUCUUGCUACCAGUAGCAAUUAAAUUGUUCCCAAAUAUGUUACCUAGCACCUUUGAAGAUAGAUAUGCAAGGGAAGAGAAAAAAAGAAAAUUAGUCAAGGUCCGUUUGGAAAUGGCCAAAUUUUUGCAGGAAACAAUUUCAGAGGCUGCUGCAUCUGGACAAAACCGUAAUGAGGCAGCAAAAGAAUUCGCAGAGUACUUUCGUAAGAUUCGAUCAACGGGAGAACAAGCUAGCACAGAAGUUUUGCUUCGAAUAGCUAUAGUAUUUGAAGACGAAUUAACUUUGGACAAUUUAUCGCGUCCUCAACUGGUUAGCAUGUGUCGUUAUAUGAACAUUAAUGCUUUUGGUACAGACAAUUUCUUGAAAUACCAAAUAAGAAAUAGAAUGACGGCUAUUGAAGAGGAUGAUAAAAUGAUAAUGGCUGAAGGUGUUGAUUCAUUAACCAUUCCAGAACUUCAACACGCAUGUCAGUCACGUGGAAUUCGUACGGUUGGAGUUUCCCCAGCGCGUUUACGUAGUGAACUCCAACAGUGGCUUGACCUUCAUCUAAACCACAAAGUUCCCUCUACUCUUUUGAUUCUCUCGCGUGCCUUCAGUUUAAGCGAUCGGUCGGAGUUAAGUCAAGCAGAGGCUCUACAAGCUACCCUAUCGAGUUUACCCGAUAACCUUAUUAAUGAAGCAGAAUUGCAAUUUUCUGAAGAUAAGGGAACGGCUACCUACAAACAAAAGCUUGAAGUCAUUGAGGAGCAAGAAGAAUUGAUCGCUGAUGAAAAGGCUCAAGAAGAGAAAGAGGAAGCUGCGAGACGAGCUCAAAAAGAAGCAGAGGAAGCUGUUAAACGCGCUCAAAAGGCAGCUGAAGAAGCUGCAAAAGAGGCAACGGCAGUUCCUAGUAAACAAGUGCCCAGUGAUACUCAAGCCCCUGAAGAGGAAGACGUUCGCAUGACUGAGCAGCAACUUCAAGAACUACGUGCAGCACUGACAAUCCUUUCUUCUAAAUCGGCUGUAUUAGAAGAAAGGGAAACAUUAAAAUUAAUUAAGGAAGACCGAGCGGAAUAUAAGGAUAUACAAGAGUUAAAGGAAGCUGGUAAACGUAAAGAAUCCUCUGUAUCAAGUCGUCUUGGAUCGCGCUUAGAAAAAAUGAUCCGAAGGAUUGACAAGGAACUGCAACAGUAUGAUAGUGAAGUUGGUUCUAAAUUAAAUUUAAUUCAAGCGAAUGAAAGUGGGCAAAUAAGCGUUAAUGAUUUAGCUGAAGCACUUAGAAUCAUUAAACAUACACCUGGCGAUAAUGAAAUGAUUAAAAAGAUUGUGAAAAAAUUGGAUGCAGACGGUGAUGGAUUGGUAUUUUUAGAUCAUAUUUACGAGCUAUGUUCAGCAGGUGAAGGUUUAGGUGUGUUGGUAGAAAAAGAGCCAGAGUCUCAGGAAGAAAAAGUUCUGAAGCCCAAAAAAGAGGACAUUUUAAAUAUAAAUAAUUCUUUAAAUGAUGAUAAAAAUGAACAAUUAUCGACACCUACUACACCUCAUAUAAAUGUUAUUUCAGCUAAUCAAAAUGUAGAAAGCUGGGUUUGGUUAUUCAUUAAUAAAAAACUUGAAGGUGUCAAGUUCAAAUUGAAGAUAAUG